GCCGCGAGCGCGGCGGCCCAGGAAGCGAGCGCGCCGCCCACCCAUCCGGGGCGAGAGCGCGCUGCGGGACAGGCAGGCCGGGCCGGGGGCUGCCCAGGCCUUCACCCCCGUGACCCCGAGCCCCUGCCGCCCUCAAGAUGAUGAAGAGGCAGCUGCAUCGCAUGCGGCAGCUGGCCCAGACGGGCAGCUUGGGACGCACCCCGGAGACUGCCGAGUUCCUGGGUGAGGACCUGCUGCAGGUGGAGCAGCGGCUGGAGCCGGCCAAGCGGGCAGCCCACAAUGUCCACAAACGGCUGCAGGCCUGUCUGCAGGGCCAGAGUGGGGCAGACAUGGACAAGCGGGUGAAGAAGCUUCCUCUCAUGGCUCUGUCCACCACGAUGGCCGAGAGCUUCAAGGAGCUGGACCCCGAUUCCAGCAUGGGGAAGGCCUUGGAGAUGACCUGUGCCAUCCAGAACCAGCUGGCCCGCAUCCUCGCCGAGUUUGAGAUGACUCUGGAGAGGGAUGUCCUGCAGCCACUCAGCAGGCUGAGUGAGGAGGAGCUGCCAGCCAUUCUCAAGCACAAGAAAAGCCUACAGAAGCUCGUGUCUGAUUGGAACACCCUCAAGAGCAGGCUCAGUCAGGCAGCCAAGAACUCAGGCAACAGUCAAGGCCUAGGAGGUGGCCCAGGCAGUUACGGCCACACCACCAUGGCCAACAAGGUGGAGACUCUGAAGGAGGAGGAGGAGGAGCUGAAGAGGAAGGUGGAGCAGUGCAAGGAUGAGUACUUGGCCGACCUGUACCACUUUGCCACCAAGGAGGACUCAUAUGCCAACUACUUCAUUCAUCUCCUGGAGAUUCAGGCUGAUUACCAUCGCAGGUCACUAAGUUCACUGGACACAGCCUUGGCUGAGCUGAGGGAGAACCACAGCCAAGCAGACACUUCCCCCUCGAUGGCAGCUGCCUCCACCUCCAGGAUGUAUGGGGUGUCGCUGGGAACCCACCUGCAAGAGCUGGGCCGGGACAUCGCCCUGCCCAUCGAGGCCUGUGUCAUGAUGCUGCUUUCUGAGGGCAUGAAGGAAGAGGGCCUCUUCCGUCUGGCCGCUGGGGCCUCCGUGCUGAAGCGCCUCAAGCAGACAAUGGCCUCGAACCCCCACAGCCUGGAGGAGUUCUGCUCUGACCCCCACGCCGUGGCAGGUGCCCUCAAAUCCUAUCUGCGGGAGCUGCCAGAGCCCCUGAUGACCUUUGACCUCUAUGACGACUGGAUGCAAGCCGCCAGCCUGAAGGAGCCGGGGGCCCGGUUACAGGCCCUCCAAGAGGUGUGCAGCCGCCUACCCCCUGAGAACCUCAGCAACCUCAGGUACCUGAUGAAGUUCCUGGCACAGCUGGCUGAGGAGCAGGAGGUGAACAAGAUGACACCCAGCAACAUUGCUAUUGUCCUGGGGCCCAACCUACUGUGGCCACCUGAGAAAGAAGGGGACCAGGCCCAGCUGGACGCAGCCUCGGUGUCUUCCAUCCAGGUGGUGGGCGUGGUCGAGGCGCUGAUACAGAGCGCAGACAGCCUCUUCCCUGGAGACAUCAACUUCAACGUGUCGGGCCUCUUCUCAGCCCUCGCCCCUCAGGACACCGUCAGCGACCAGCUGGCCUCUGACGCUCUUCCAGCCAUUGCCGUGCCCACCCCUGUUCCAGCCCCAGCCCCAGCCCCAGCCCCAGCCCCAGCCCCAGCCCCAGCGGCUACCAAGGAAAGGACAGAGUCUGAGGCGCCCCCCAGACCAUCCUCCCCCAAGGUCAACAGGAGCCCCCCGGAGACAGCUGCCCCGGUGGACGAUACGGCUCGAAGGACCAAGCGCCCAGCGCCGGCCCGGCCCAACAUGCCGCCCCCCCAGCUGUCCAGCACCCGUGCCUCGGCGCCAGCCCCACCCCCACCCCCUGGCUCUGGUAGCCCUGGGACCCCCCGAGCUCUGCCCCGCCGUCUGGUUGGCAGCAACCUCCGGGCCCCCACGGUGCCACCCCCAUUGCCCCCCAUGGCCCCCCAGCCUGCCCGGCGCCAGAGCCGGCGUUCACCAGCACCCCUCAGCCCAGCCUCCCCCAGCCCAGUCUCCUCGAGCACACCCGCACAGGUGGACCUGGGGGUGCCCACAGAGGGGGGAGAGGCCCCUGAGCCUGCAGGGGGGUUCCCCGCUUCCCCAGCUACCCCGCCUCAGCCCCAGCCCCGGAGCCUCGCCUCAGAGACCGACUGAGUGGCCGGCUCAUUCCUGCAUGGCCCUCAGUGUCCCCUCUCUCCCACCUUGUCCCCCAGGACAGCUCUCACCCCUCCCAAGGGGUGGGGCCUCCAGCCUUUGCUCACAAGUGCCUCGGUGCCCGCUGGGUCGGCCCCAUGGCCAGGAGGGCUCAGGACAGUCCUCCACUUCCUGACCUUUUCCUCUUCCACCCUGGGCUUGAGGUCCCCCCCCCCCCAGCUGCACUCCCCACUCUCUGGCAGGGUCGCAGGGGAGCCACCAGAAGGAAGGAGAGGCUUGCCUGCUCCUACGGGACUUUUAUUUUUCUCUUGCCAACGUAUUUUUUAUAAGGCUGGUAAAUAAAUUAUUUUGGACAAAACUGGA